AUCGAGUAAAUAAAAAAGAAAAAUUUGCGAGCCGAAAACGUCGAUCAGCUGUUUGAAGAGCGUUUGGUGGAGCCACAACACUUUUAUUCCGCCGAUGGAUCCACCUUGUAAUCAGUGAGAUUUUCUCAUAAUAAGUGAGAUUUUAUGUACAAUUUAACCGAAGCUGUUUUGUAGAAAUUCAAUUGUGUCUGUGUUUGUCUUGUGUCUUUUUCUCUUCCUUUUUGUUUUAUUUUCUCUUCUGGGCAACAAUUAUGGUGGAACCAAAACUGAUUGAUAUCAAAAGCUCAUCUACAGCUGAAGAAGAUUCCGAGGAUGAAUCUGAGGUGUUGGAAGAAAGUCCGUGUGGUCGGUGGUUAAAAAGACGAGAACAAGUUGAACAGAGAGACAUACCUGGUAUAGAAGCGACUUAUCUAGCAAUGGAUACAGAGGAAGGUGUUGAAGUCGUUUGGAAUGAAGUUAGAUUUUCUGAAAGAAAAUAUUUCAAUGCUCGAGAAGAAAAGAUUAGUCAAAUUUUUAAUCGUUUAAUACAAUUGGACCAUCCAAACAUCGUCAAACUACAUAAAUAUUGGAUGGAUAAAGAUGUGGAUAAACCCAGAGUGAUAUUCAUUACAGAAUACAAUUCAAGUGGAUCGCUCAAACAAUUUCUCAAAAAGACCAAACGGAACCAAAUCAAAAUGGCCCUUCCAGCCUGGAAACGUUGGUGUACCCAAAUUUUGUCUGCAUUAUGUUAUCUUCAUUCAUCACAACCUCCUAUUAUCCAUGCCAACUUAACUUGCGAUACUAUUUUUCUCAGUCACAAUGGUCUAAUCAAAAUCGGUGCUGUGGCUCCUGAUGCCAUACACCGACACAUCAAAACAGUACGAGAACAAGCUAUGGCAAAUUUAUAUUUUGUUGCGCCAGAAUUAGGGGAAAUAACCGGCGAAACGUCUUCCGCUCUAACACCAGCCGUUGACAUUUAUUCAUUCGGCAUGUGUGCUCUGGAAAUGGCUGCUCUGGAAAUAUCAAAUAAUAGUGAAAAUGGUAGUUCUGCUCAAGUGACCGAAGAAGCGAUUAACCGGACAAUUGAUUCCUUAGAAAAUCCAUUACAAGCCGAUUUUAUAAGACAGUGUUUACGUAAAAAUCCAUUAGAACGACCUACAUCGAAACAACUUUUAUUUCAUUCUGUUAUUUUUGAAGUUCCAUCAUUAAGAUUACUGGCUGCUCAUGUAAUUGUCGAUACACCCUCCUACCAACCAGAACAACUCACCGAAGAAGCUUUACAAAGAUUUCUGCAAUCUCAAUCAGCGGAUAACGUUCUAGCCGAAAUAAUUCAUAAAGAUGGACGUCCAGGUACAUCGAUAAAGUGCUGUGAUGCUCCAAGAGCGGAGAUGGAAAAAUUCUUUGAAGAAGUUCGAAACGGUGCUUAUCCGUUAACUGCUAUCAUUCCUACUUCCCGUCCACCGAUAAUUACAAGACAGAGUACAACUUCACCCGUAGGGGACGAAUCAGAUAAACCAAACUCACCGGAUAACAUGUACGAUGAGGAAACUCGACGAAUUAUGAACAUGAUGUGUGACAUAAAAUCUAUACCUGAAAGUGAUGCUCUUCUUGUGAUUAAGUUAACUAUCUUGUUAACCAUGGAUGACAGAAUGAAUCGUCAAUUAUCAUGUGAAAUAACGGAAACUGAUUCACCUCAUUCUUUAGCUAAAGAGCUUGUUGAUCUUGGUUUUAUACACCAGGAUGAUUGUGAUAUGGUUGCAACUUUGAUCGCCGAUACGAUCAGUAGAAGCAGGUUAACUUCCGAUCUAUCGUUGACAUCCACCACUCCAACGGCACAUACUCAAGCGAUUUCUGUUUAAAAUGUCUGCACUUCGAAAUGAAACCACCAUCUAUAUCAUCAUUAUCACGACUUCGUGUGGAGACAAUUAAAUUAAAUAUAUAUAUAUAGCUUUAUCAUCAAUUCGAUCAUUGGAAAGCAUCAAAUUUAUUAUUAUAGAAUCCACUUGAUUGGCUUUUACUGGUCCAUCUUCAUUGAUCAACUCUGGCUCAAUCUAAUCAAAAGCCACCAAAAUGAAGAUUAUGACAGAAUCAAGAAGGAAAGAUUGGCAAUAAUCAUCACUAUUAUCAUCAAGUGUCAGAAUCAAAUACAACCAAGAGUUGAUUAAAAAAUGAUGAUAAUUAUCAUUACCAUUGUUGAUCUAAUCACAUUGUUUAUAUAUUACAUAAGCUUUAAGAAUAACAUCUUUUUUAUCGCUUCGCAAUUUGCUUGUGUGAAAAUACCAAACAAAAUAAUAUUUCACAUUGACAUUAA